AUGGAAUCUUUCAGCAGUCCAUAUGGAUUUAUGUUUGACCAUCUUCAAGGAGUAUCUCUUACAUAGAUUGAAGACAUCGUCCUCAAUAUAAAUAAGCUUGCCAUGGAAGCUUUACAUGAAAACGACUUCAAUACCUCGGUGACUUUACUUCACAGAGCUAAUCAUAUGCUUAGACAGCAGCCUGUAAAUUUGCAAACAAUCAAGCUUAGAGCAAUUACUUUGAACAAUUUAGGAUGCCUAUAUAAAAGGACUAACCAAAAUCCUAACCCCCUUCAUCAGUGGCAAAGAAAGUUGGUUCGCUCUGAAGGGAUUAUAUAAAUUUUAUAGUGAAUUUUUUUUGGGAAAAUUUUAAAAAAAUUCUAACUCCCCCCAUCCUUGAUCGAAUGAUUGACUGUAAAAAUUCCUAAAAAUUGGGGAAAAUUAACCCCCAUCCUUGAUCGAACGAUUUUCAUAUCAUUCAAAUUUUUAUAUAUAUAAAAUAUAUUAGUUAUCAAAAGCUUGGGAAGAUGUACCUAAUGAAGUUUUUUUCAGAGUUUUGAGACGACAGAAAGCUGCGGAAUCAACCAUCCGAAGUGAUUUAGCCAUCAGCCUAGGCUUAAAAACCCAAUAAUCUAAAAAAUAGAGAUUCUUUAAAAUUUUAAAAAAAAAAAAUUUUAAUUCAAUAAGGAACAAAUUAAAAAUUUAUACAGUUUAAAUAGGGUAACUAAUAAAUCAAAUAUUAAAAAUUGGUAUUUUAUGAAAUUAAUUUAAUUUUUUGCUGAAAAAAAAUAAUUAUUAAAUACUCUUAACCCACUUAUUUAAAAGUAAAUAAAAAAAUAUAUAUAUAUAAUUUUUAUUUUUUUAUAUAUAAAUUUUUUUUUAAACCCCCAUCCUUGAUCGAACGAUGGCGAGUCGUUCGAUCAAGGAUGGGGGGGAGUAAGGAAAUAAAAAAUUAAUUCUAUAUACAAAUUUAUUUUUAAAAUGCAAUUGCACUAAAUUAUUCAGAAUAAGUUAGAUUUAAUUAUAUUAAUUAUCAUUUAUAUAUCAAAAUAACUUUUCACAAAUAAUUUUUGUAUUAAAAAAAUUGUUUGUUCGCUUCGGAGUGGCUUUAGGAAUUUUUUCCAAUGGUCACGGUUCACUCACGGAGGGAGAGUAAGGCUUUGCAAUUUCUGAAAGAAGCUUUGGAAUGCGAAAAGAAGUUACCAGGAGAUUAUACGAAUAUAGCAGGGACACAUCUUAAUAUAUGUGCAAUAAAAUCGCUACUGAACCAUCAUGAAGAGUCGUUAGCACAUGCACUUAAAGCGAUUAUAAUAUAAAAUGAAAAAUAGCCCUCUAAAUUUGUAGAAAAUAAAUUAUUUUAUUAAUAAUGAUUCUUUAUGGAGUAGAAUAAUAUUAUUCAGCAAAACCCUUUUUUAGAUGAAGAGCUUAUAAGAUCUCUUGUCGUAGCUUAUUAUAACGCAGGAACUGAGUACCAAUAUUUGCAUAGAAAUUCUGAAGCUACUGCAUUUUUAAGGCAUGGGCAUAAUUUGUCGUCAAAACAUUUAGGCAAAAACCACCCUUUAACUCUAAGUUUUGGGAUAGGAAAAAAUGAAAAAAAUAAGAAAUCUAAAAGAGGCAAAUUAAAGCCGAUUGAUUUUGAGUUGAUAAAUAAAAGUCUAGACCUUGAAGAAGAAAAAAUAGACCAAUCUGCUGAGAAAAAUGAAGAAUCAUUGCUGCCUGAUAUUUUUAGUAAAAGCAGAGCUCAGACUAUAAGAAACAACGAUGGGAUACAGCUGGAUACGACACCCUGGAUUGAUGAUGGCAAAGAAAAAAAAGUCAGAGGGUAUUUUAGCUCUUCAAGAAAUAAUAAAACAAAGAAAAUUCCUCUAGAAGAAAGGAAAAGCAUAUCAAAUGAAAUUUCAACGCCCAGAAGAUCAUAUAAAAUUCCUCAAACGUUGAGAGAAAAAAUUGAAAAAUUUUCAAUGUCCCCAAAGCAUGAAGACAGUUUUGAUAGAAAAUUAGGCCACAAGGCAGGAAAUAAAUCAGAAGGCCAAGUUGUUCCGUUUAAAUUCAAUUCAAGCCUUGAUAAAGACUCUCUGACACCAUCCAAAAAUAUCGUAAAAAAUAAAGUGAAUUCUCAAACAAGCACUAUUAAAUCAGACAAACAACUAAAGCCUAAAUCUCCAGCCAAAUUAAAUCCUAUCACAAAUAAAAAUCAAGCUAAACCUGCAGUUCAAAAUAUUUUUCAAAUAAAAAAAGACCAAAAUAAGUCUCCUUUUAUUACUUAUGAAAGUCCUAUUCCAACUGUGAAAAGAGACUCAACUAAUAGCACCCUGCCUGCAUUUUCAAAAGAUACUGAAAACAGCCCGAAUGUAAAAAAUCAUAAGUCAAGUAAUAGCUCUCUACCAAGGACUAAAGACUCAAGUAACAGCCCAUUUCCUAGCUCAAAAACUAAAGACUCAAGCAGCAGUCCUAUGCCCUCUUUUUCUCAAGCUUCUUUAGCUCAAACUCCUCCAAAAAAAGCAGUUUCUCCUUUAUCAAGUAAUGUAAAAACACGUUUAAAUUCUAUUGAUGAUAAAUUAUCAACACUGCAAGACAGAUUAAAUACGUUUGAAAAUAAGAUUCAGCCAUUAAAAGAAUUAACAGAAGUUGAAGAAGAUACCAUAAGCAAUAUAUCAGUUCCUCCGGAUAAUGCAGGAAAAAGAGUAGCAGCAGCAAUUAAAAUUCAAGCUAAAUUUAAGGGUUGAAAAGAGCAUCAAAAAUAUAAAAAAAUAAAGGAAAGCAUAUACCUUGCUCAAGCAAAAGAUAGCCUUAAUUGGCAUUUUUUUCAUAAUAAAUAAUUCUCGAAAUUAAUUGAAGAGGGAAUAAUAAAAAUACAAAAAAAUGUUAGGGGCUGAAUUUGCAAAAAAAAUUAUCAAAAAAUAAAGAAAAAUGCUAUAGUAAUACAAAAAUAUGUAAAAGGAUGAAUUUGUAGGGAAAAUUACGCGAAACUGAAGUUGGAGUUAAAAAAUCAAAAAAAUUUUGGUCAGCAGUUUGGCACAAGUUUGGUAAAAACAGAAGACAUACAGAGCCAAACAGAUUUAAACAUGCGUGAUCCAAUUUUGUCAGCAAUUCAUUUAGCUCCUUCAAAGACCUUACUCCCCCCCCCCUCCGUGAGUGAACAAAAAAAUUUUGUUCACUCACGGAGGGGGGUUAAUUUUUUUUUUUUAAAAUAUUUAUAUAUAAAUUUUAUAAAAAAAAUAUUUUUUUUCGAAAUUUAAAAAAAUCCUAAUUCACAAAAAUUGGAAAGCAAAUAUUAAUUUAAUUUAUAAAAAUUUAUGUUUUAAAAAGCAAUUCGUUUAAAAUUAAACAGAAUUAGCUCUAGAUUUCAUUAUACUAAUUAUCAUUUAUAUAUCAAAAUUUUUUUCCAUAAAAAAUUUUUCUAUUAAAAAAGUUUUUGUUCACUCACGGAGGGUGGGGUUUUUGGGCAAAAAAUAUAGGGAUUUUUCUAAUGGUUUUGUUCACUCACGGAGGGGGGGGGAGUUAGCAAAUAAAUCACUUUUAAGUAUUGUAUCAUUAAUCCAAGCCCACAUCAGAGGAUUUUUAAAGCGAAAAUGAUAUAAAAAAACUAAAAAUUCUAUCCUGUUAAUUCAAAGAGCAGCAAAAAAAUAUAAAUUUUGUCGGCUGUAUAAAGAAAUAUUGCAUGCAAUAAUUUUCAUCCAAGCCAUGUAUAGAGGCUACAGAGUCCGUAAGCAUUAUAAACGACCUUUAAAAUUUGGUGAAAAUGCUGUUUUCAAAUCUAUAAAGGUUUGGUAUUCUUUUCUUUCAAUGUACCCUAUAUAUUUUCUAUCAAGCCUGGUAUUUUUUAUUCACCUUAUAAAAAUAUAA